AUGAUUCAGUUGAUUUCACGACUACCGCUUUUGCAAUUCUUGCUAUUGUUGACCCUCUUUGCCCUUUGCAACGCGUUUGAGUUCCAAAAUGUCAGUCAGCCUCAGUUGGACUACAGUUCGUUUGAUAACCGAAUAGGGUUCUUUGGGUCCUUUUCAGCCGUGAGCAUAUAUAAACAUUUGGGUUCAUCUAGUGUUGUGUCCUUCUUUCCCGCGACUCAAAACUCAAACGGGAAUCGAAAAAGAGACGAGGACGACAGCGUACUGUCAGCUUCUCAAAAAGAGGGUUUAUACAUCCGAGAUGAAGCCCAGAAUGCAAGUUUGAAAUUGGCAGAUGUAAAUGGACAAGUCAAGCAACUUUUGAGAUUAUCCGAUGAAACUGUGGUUAUUAACGGAGACUUUACCAGUUUUAAUGGCCAGUCAGUGCGAAGCCCCAUCAUUUACAACAUUUCUGCAAAUUCAACAACCGAGAUUAUACCCAGCAGUGAAGAUUUUGAAGGACGUGUCAACACAAUCUUUGUCGAUGGCGAUCUCAUCUAUCUUGGGGGAAACUUCACAUUUAACAAUACCGUGGGAGCGGCAAUCUACAGUCAAAGCUCCAAACUGUUGAACUCGACAUUAUUCCAAGGUUUUGGACAGGGUGCAACAAUCAAUAGUAUCGUCAAGAUCUUUGACAAUGACAACAACAACGACAGCCGUGAUGGAAAUCGAGGCUCGAUCAUCUUUGGUGGGAAAUUCAACACCUUGGGCUUAUCCGAUUUGCUCGUCCACAAUAUCACUACAAACAACACCAGCAACCAUAACCAAAGCAAUUCCUCCAUUGUUAAUGCUGAGCAAAUCAUAUCGUUGAGACAUGGGACUUUUACAGACGUCAAUGCCCAGAAUCCAAGCGACAACUCGUUGAUCAUCUGCCCAGCAGAUAACCACCAAUGGGCAGCUAUCCCAAACUCGGGAGCUGAAUGGAGAGUAGAACUUCCCGAUGAGAUGAAAGGUUUGACUCCAACAAAGGCAAGAAUUUAUAUACCAGAUAGUAGCAACGGCGUCAAGUUGUUUAGAAUUUACUCCUACCCAAACAAUGGUAUUAUGAACUUGACCUAUGUCGAUCCCGUGACCCACGAAUUGACUCAUUGCGACGCAUGGUGCCCAUUGUUAUCAUUCAACAGUUUAAACGAUGCAAUUGAUAGCAACAUUGAAAAUGCUGCCGACUUGAACCAGGACGACGUGUUUGUAGAUGAAGACGACGGCACGUUUUUCAAAUACUACGACCCUAGCACCAUGACAAAGAACUUGGGCUAUGCUGCAAAUUUCCAAGAGUUUGCCUUUGUAGAUCAAGUGGGCUUCGAUGCCGUGGGAAUCACAGUUGUCGAUUGGUACGGUGACCAAGGGGUUUUGGCCGGGUUUGAGUUGUAUCAAAAUGCAAUUACGGUUUAUGGGAAUAACACGUUGAAUGAACCCAAUUGUAAUUUCGAUAUGAAUCUGAACAGCAACAAUUAUGCCGAGAUUGUUUCGGGUAAUUUCAAUUCAAUCAGGAAUUCACACCCGGGAAUUGCCAAUGACUAUUUGGUGACGUAUGAUACCACUGCUAAAAUCAAUUUGUAUCCAAACAUUUCAUAUUCUGGAGACUAUUCCAUCAUAAUGAUAACUCCAGGUUGUCUUAUGGACGAUAGCUGUGCUCAAAGAGCAAUUGUGAAUGUGACCGUUGUUGGAAUUGAUGAUACCAUUUUGAGCUCGAAUUUGAUUUACCAAAAUAACGAAAACACAAAGUUUGACUACUUGUUCUUUGGGCACAUGAACAGUUCAGACUCCCAUGCCAACAGGAUUGAAGUUUCAUACCUGCGUUCAGUAGUUCCGGAAGCUCAAAACCCCAUCAUGGUGGUUGACAAGAUUGUCGCCGACAUUGUUUCGUUGGACAGCUACUACAAUCGAAACUUUACAAACAACACGAGGAGAACAAAUGGCUCCGACUUGGCUCACAUUCAGCUAAGCGGUUUGUUUGAGUAUUCUUUAGCAAAUUUCACCAAUUUUGACGAAGAAUUGGUGCACUACGAACAGGACAAUCGGACUUUGAUCAGCUUGAACAACACAUUUGUGGGUAACUCAUCCAUAAAUGUUCUCAGUGGAAGGCUCUCAAAUAAUACCGAAAUCAGCGAAAUCAGUUUAUACGAUGGGUCCGGGUCCGGGUCCAUUUUGUCACUUUUGGGUAAUUUUGAAUCCAAUAGCACCAACUUGACCUUGUCCAAUUCCAAUUUCAUUUCCUUGAAUAUUUCUUCCUACAAUUCGACAACUAAUGAAACUGCAAUAGAUUUGCCACGCUCGCUUAAAAAGAGAGACACUCACGAAAUACAGGGCGCCACGUUCAACGAUUCGAUUUUGAAGACUGUAUCGGUGCAAAACGGGCAGGGUUUGCUUUUCCUCGGUAAGUUUACAAUGACCAAUGCCGAUAUCAGAGACUUGUCUGCAAAUAAUGCAACAACAACUCUGUCGCAGGCACAGGCAAACAACUUUGUAUUGUACUCAAACAAUCAAUGGUUUAGCUUUGGCAAUGAGUUUGAGAAUGUCGAGUUUGACCAGUUCACCAACACCACCAUUGCGGGAACUGAAUAUUACGUCUUCUCAUCCCGGGACUCCAUUUUCAGAACUUGGAACAACACGGGACACGCGUGGUCUGAUCGCGGGUUUAAUAUCACACAAGCAGCACGCUUGGACGGUAAUCAGCAGAUUAUCGGCGGUAACGGUUUCAACGUGAUGGACCUUUACAGCCAAGAUCAAGCGUAUAUCCAAAAUUCAAACCUCGACAAAUUCGGAAUAAAUGUCAGCAGUGCGGCUAACAACAACAACAGCAACAGCAUAAUCAACAAGUCCUUUUAUGUUAAUAGCACUCUCAGUGUGAUUGGUGGCAAGUUUGAGUCCAACUCAGUCAAGAAUGUUGGUAUGAUUGAUAACAAUAAUCCGGGAAACAAUCUUCAAUCUUUGCAAGGGGAUUUGGAUUGGGACCCGUCAACGGUGAUUGAAGCCCUUUAUGUCGACAGCAACGGUGAGUAUUUGUUUAUGGGUGUCAACGGCUCCGUCGCUGUGGACGGAGAGAAUGUCACUGGGCUUGUGGUCUAUGACUUGCAGAACAGUACAUUCAUGUCGACCCAGCCCGCGGCUCUUUCCAAAAACGAUGGUAGUCCGAUUCACGUCAACUCUGUCGUGUUGUACGAUGAUGGAGACAAGUUGUUAGUGGGAGGAGACUUUGAUAAUGCAGGCUCGUUAAGUUGUCCUUCCCUAUGUGUAUACGAUCUAGCAAACACAAGAUGGAUCAAUCCGCAAAGUCAAGCUGAACUGUCAACGAGUAUAUCCGGGGUCAUCACCGAUAUGAAAUUCUACCUGUCGAACCAAGUGUUGAUUGCAGGCAGGAAUUUGACCUUGAGCAACAGCGGCGUGUUCUUUUUAACCUACAAUUUCAACAACGGCGCUUUCGGUACAAAAUCUUCUUUGAACAGCUUAUCGAAAACGGUUGAUCGAUUUGUUUUGAAUGACCGCUCCAAUAGCAAUUUGGACGGAAGGAUGAUCGCCAUGGGUGAUGGAUACAUUGCUGGUUACGAUGGGUCGAAAUGGAGCAACAUCGACCAGAGCUUUGACUAUUCCAAUAACCAAACGGUUUUCGACGACAUGAAGCUCCUUGACUUGGCCAAGUCGUCCUCAUACAGACAAACCUAUUUCGACAAUGACAAGACCCUUUUGAUUGCUGGUACAUUUGCCCUUGACGGGUAUGGAUUGGCCAACAUGGCGUUUUAUAAUGGCACAGCGUGGAUUCCAUAUGUCUACACCACAUCGCCAUUGGACUCAACUCGCAUUGGCGAAGUCAAGUCUAUUUUGGUCAAUGACGCUUACCGGUUCCAGUCAAGUAACGAUUUAAAGAAUUUGAGAAAUUACUUGUCCAAGGGUAAAGUUGUUGGUAUUUCACUCGCUUGUGCCUUGGGAUCAACGGCGCUUUUGGGGUUGUUGUACAUUAUCCCAUAUUUCGCCUUGUUGAAGAACAGGAAAGGCUACGUGCAGAGAAUCCACGAGCUGGAUAUGAUGCAGGCUGUCAACCCUGAAGAUCUAAUACAUGAGAUUGACCUACAGCGGGAGAAGUGA